GCCAGUAUGACGCCGGGAAUCGCUACGUCAUGACGGAAUCACUUCCUUACACUGUGAUCUGUCUUUUAUUUUUGUAUUGUGGUAAAAAUCAAGUGAGUGCAAAAUGUGCUCAUAUAAGUUUAUAAAUGAAAAGUCCUCUGAUUGUACUAAAAAAUAGUUUUCAUCAAUGAAACAAAAAUAAGCAAUGCAGUUUGUGUUGUUUAUGAGAAUUAAUUCUUCAAUUUUAUCAUAGUAAAAAGUGUCACACCCCGUGAGAACGAUCGAGGUCCUAAUAACAGGCCAAGGACUAAUGUUUAGUGCACGCGGUAAUGCCAAUUGCUUAAACUCUGAUUUUAAACUCUUCUACGUGUACUGAAGUGAUAUCUAUGUCAUGCAUUCCUUUGUAAUUGAAAAUAUUAUUUGUUCUAUUUAAUACGUGCAAGUAACGGGAAUGAUAAUCAAUAAACUAAAAUGUUUAGUUGAAAAAUUUAAUAUUGUUAUAAGCCAAACAAACUAUUUGAACAAAAUGUAACUUAAUAGAUUUUAAAUAUCAAUUAUUUUCUAAUAAUCGAUCUGAAAAAUCGAAAAAUUGAAACGUUUCUCUACAAUCACUUCAUAAUAAGAUACUUGAAGGAAAAAGUAGGAUUGUCUCCCAAUAGUGCGACUAUCGGGACUCAACGCGAAGUUGAAAAAUAAAAAUGUUACAAGUAGAUAUUUAAAUGUAGUGUUCAUGAUCAUGGUUGAAACGUAAACAAACAAGGCGUUAGUACCUUCUAUCACAUUUUAAAGAAGAGGAUCAAGAAUGAGAUAACGUAAAUAGCUCAGCAAAUAAGAAAUACAAUUUUGUAACAUAUAAAAAACACUAUAGCCUUAACUAUAUUAGGUUAAAGCACAUUGAAAGUAACUGAAAAGAGUUAAAUUAACUGUUACUACAAGUUUAGUUACUCAAGUGAACAUGGGCAAGAAAAUCAGCAAACUCAAGCAGGACACAAUCGAUAGGCUAACUACAGAUACAUAUUUUACUGAGAAAGAAAUUCGACAGUGGCAUAAGGGGUUUCUCAAAGAUUGUCCUGAUGGUCUUCUAACAGAACAAGGAUUUAUCAGGAUAUAUAAGCAAUUCUUUCCACAAGGAGAUCCAUCGAAAUUUGCUUCACUUGUAUUUAGAGUUUUUGACGAGAACAAUGAUGGAACGAUAGAAUUCGAAGAAUUCAUAAGAGCACUUUCAGUCACAUCUCGAGGAAAUCUCGACGAAAAGUUACACUGGGCUUUUCGUUUGUAUGAUGUCGAUAAUGAUGGAUACAUAACACGUGAUGAAAUGUACAACAUCGUAGAUGCAAUAUACCAGAUGGUGGGUCAACAGCUGCACGCAGAGGACGAAAAUACACCUCAAAAAAGAGUCGAUAAAAUAUUUGAUCAAAUGGAUAAAAAUCACGACGAUAAACUUACCCUUGAUGAAUUUCGAGAAGGUAGUAAAGCAGACCCGAGAAUUGUUCAAGCUCUUUCACUUGGCGGGGGGGAACCUGGAUAAGAUUGAUUUAAAACUCAAAAAUCACAUAAUAAUAAUUCUUAGAUUAUUUAUUAUCUUUGUUAUUGUUAUCAACAAGCAAUGUUUAAUCGAUUAUUAAUUUCUGAAUUUAAGAAAUUGAGUUUAAAUAUAUCUCUACUAAUUGAGAAAUCUAAAUCAAACAUUAAUUCUGUUAUAUUAAUUCGUUUUUUUUUCUUUUAAUAAUCAUCGUAUAAAUAAAAAAGCUCAAUGAUUUUAACUAAAAAAACAAUAAAUCAGUAAGAAAAAUAUAAAAUAUUCGUAACAGAUGUAAAUUGGAACGUAAAAGAAAAAAAAACAACAAAUAUCGUUGUUGACUUAAAAAUUUAUGUAGAUAGAUGAUCUAUUUUGGAUAAUUUCAAAUUAAUGUUUUUGACAAAUUAAGAAAAAAUGGAAAUUGAAAACGAUUUUCAUUUGUUUGAUAAUAUAGGGAAGAAAGUAAUGACGUUACAAAGAAAUAGAAUAAAAAAAAAAAAACGAAAAAUAUCAUUAGGAACAGUAAUCUUGAAAAGAUCGGCCUACUAAUAAUAUAUAUUCGAAGCAUUCAACUGAAAAAUUAAGUAUAAGAAGGUUAGAAAAUACAUUUUUAAAAAAAUUAUUACCAUCCAAUCAAUGGGCUUUAAUUAAGCUCAGGUUAUGUUUUUAUUUAAAUCUCUACCUUAAGAUUUUUAAAGUUAAUGAUCUCAUAUACACCCAAAUCAUGUAAACGUCCUUUAUUUAUAUAUACACUCGAAAUCAUUUUACAGCGCACAAAAAAUUGAUUUAUAUAAUAAUAUUCAAUAUUUUUAUUACAUUAAAUAUAAAUGUUCAAUAUUUUAAACAUAGCUCAUAAGAAUAAUUCUCAUACUUUUUGUCAUUUCAAAGAGUUAUGAAAAAAAAAAAUAAAUAAAUAAAAAAAAUUACUGUCACUUUUACGACUAUCAAGAUUCAAAAAUCUUGAACCUAUCGUUCAUAACAAAAAUUAAUAAAGUUAUUGCGUGUUACAUGCUUUUAUAAAAUAAUAGGCUAUACAAUAUGUGAUAUAUUAUAAAAUCCGUUUUGUGUUGAAUGGUUAGAAUUUGAUUCAUUCUCAAUUAAUCUUAUAAAUUUCCGAUAUACUAUGUCUUACACGCACUACACUUUUUAAAUUUUUCUUCGUAACCAUCGAAAAAUAAUUAAUGUUAAAUUUUUUGACUAAGUCCGUAGUCAAUCGAUAAGUGAAGCAAUAAAUCUUUUGAAAAGAGGAAAUGUGAGAAAGUUUGAAUUUUUCAUUGAAACUCUUUACUUUUUAAUAGUAUUUAAGAAAAUAAAACUACCAAUUCAGUGAUGAUUCAAUACUUGUGUACACUUUUAUUACUAAUGUCUUGAAUUAAUUUCAAAUCAAAUUAUAAUAUAUAAAUAUUUAUUCUCUAAAUAUCUGGAUUUGUUCGUCGAUAUUUGAAUCCAUACUCCAAAUUAUACUCAAUUAAAUAAAAAAAAGUAGAGAUAAAAGCUAGAAAAUUUUAGACGCAAAGAUGUUUCAUAAUAGAAACUCAAAUAAUUGUUGUCUGCUAUCAAAAUCAUUAUUCAGUUAGAUAAAAUUUCUAAAUUCUUAGAAAUUACCAGUGAUUGUGAGAAAAAUUCAAACAGAGUGAUGUAUUUAUUAUGAAAGUUGUUAUAGCCAUAGUUAUCAAUGAACUAAGUAAGUCGAUCAUUAUACUUUUUUAUUGUUCUUGUAAUUAAUGUUUAAAUAUUUCAAAUCUUAUCUCGAUUACGAUCUUACAAAGAUUAGUAUGUGAUAUGCAAUUUCGAAUAUUUGUUGUAAUAGUCAAUAAUAUAGUUUUCUUUAUCAAUCAGUAAUUCUACUUUGGCUAUUGAAGAAAACAAAAAAUGUGUUUGGUUUCGUGUAGGAAUUCCUGGAUAAACCCAUUGGAAAUAGUUUUCUAAUUCACAAACCUAUGUAGUAAAUUAUGAGUAACUGAAUUCAUAUAACAAAAUUACAUAGAAAUAAUUGAAUAUUUGAAUGCAUACAUAGGAGGCUUAUAUAAGAAUAAAUUAUUAAAGACCUUGUAUAGUUUAUACUCUACUUGAGACGGUAUGCAUUUCUAUAAAAAACAAUAUGGGAAUUCAUAUAAAAAUAUUAUAAAAGAAUUCAUGUAAGAAUUGAUGAUGGAUUUCUGUAUGCGACUUUUUGAAUGUAUGUGAAAACGUGUCAAUUAGUUGACUUAAAUAGCUCGAAGAAACUAUAGACACACUCUUUAAAUGAACAAUACGCAUUGGAAACAUUAAUUAAAAGUUAUAAACCAUUGUAAAAUUAACUUUAAAAAUUUUCAUUAAUAAUCACAAAAUAUAAAAUCUUUCAGUCAAUAACUUUUUGAGAGUUUCGGGUGUAUUAGCUACCUAAAUAUAGAUAGCCACGAAAGUAAUUCAAUCAGUCUUACUAAUGUCAACGCUUUACACACCCUUAACAGAAAGUAAAUGUGGAAUUAUUAUGCAAGUGGUUCAUAUUUUUCAUUAAUUUUGCAACCAAUUUAUAAUAGCAUUCGAAUCUGAUGAAAGGGCGUAGCAGGUUAAGCAUAUGAAAAGUGCCCCCACUCCGAAUUGAUUACCCUUUAGGAAUGUUAUGUAAGUAUCUUUCAUGAAGCUGCUUACCAAUUUUUAGAUAAAAAUAUUGAUUUUUACACCAGAUAUAAAAAAAAACGAACAAUCGUAAAAAUUUUUUUUCUCGAGAACUACACGGAAAAAAAUAAAUAGAACUGGCUACCAUGUCAGAUAGUAGUCAGUGCCAUCUGUAGAAAAAAAAAAUCUGUCUAUCGGUUGACCCUGCGGGCCAGCCCCAAAACUUGCCGAUGUUUUUAAGCUCCUUGAGCUCGAAAACAUUGUUGUGAGUACAUUUUCGAGCUCUUCGAGCUCGAGAAUACUAUUGUAUCCCAUUCUUUUCGAAAAAAACCGUUUUUAGCAUUUCUUUCUCCCACGAUAUCUCACGAACGAAUCGACCGAUUUCGAUGGUUGAGGCGGCAAUCGACGUGUUUUAUCAAGUUCUAAAGCUGAUCAAAUUUUGAAAUUGUUUGGUCAAGUCGUUUCAAAGAUAUUCGCAAAUAACUGUUUUUCCGCAUUUCUUUUGUCCGCGAUAUCUCACGAACGAAUGAACCGAUUUUGAUAGUUGAGGCGACAAUCGACGCGUUUUAUUGAGUUCUAGAGCUGAUUAGAUUUUGAAGUCGAUCGUUCGUGUCGUUUCUGAGAAAUCAAUAAAAAACUAAAAAAAAAAAAACAUUUUUUUCGCGUAAUUCGCCAAUAUUUUCGAAUCUACUUGAUCAAAUGAUCUGAAAUUUUCAGAAAAGUUGAUGGCCAACAAGCUCUUUCGAUUGCCGCCUUAACCAUCCAAAUCGCUUCAUUAGUUAAAAAGUUAUAAGCCGGUCACACACAUACAUACCCACACACACACACACACACACACACACACACACACACACACACACACACACACACACACACACACACACACACACACACACA